UGGCGAUCCAAUGUAACGCAAGGGCUGAACACGCCCGCAGCUUGUGGACUCUUGUUCGCUGGCUGGGUUCGUCUGCAAGGGGAGCAGCCCAGCGCUGGCAGCGGGCAGUGGUGACAGCCGGGGCUCGGCGAUGGGUCCGGGCUGCGGCUCCUUCGCCCGCGGGGGCUCGGGCUAAGUUCGGACCAUGCGUUUCCACGGCUCUGCCAACGUCCGGCUCUGUUUCCUGCUCGCCCUCACUCUCUGCACCUCGCUGCUGCUGUUGGUGGGGCUCCAGCAAUGGGCACGCCAGGACCUGCUAGUCUCCAUCCCCUGGAGGUCCGGCAAUGCCACCCGGCUCAGGAGCUCCUUGCACGGGCAAGGACUGGCUGCGACCUCCGCCGGGAGCUCCAGCACUCGUCCCAGCCCUACCCCAACAAGGGGACUCCCCUGGCACCAAGUGGCCGAGGCACCCAGAGGUUCCCAGAACAGCCUCGAGGAGAAGGAGCCUCCAUGGAGAGAGAGGGCUGGGGUUACACCAGAGGAGGAGGCAGCUCUGCUGCUAUGGGACACCCCCCUUCACCGCCCCGGCUCCGGCAAACACAACGUGAAACUCAGUGACAUCUUUAUUGCGGUGAAAACCACACGGAAGUAUCACAAGGCCAGAUUGGAUCUGCUCUUUCAGACCUGGAUAUCUCUGGUCCAGAACCAGACAUUUAUAUUCACGGAUGGCGAGGAUAAAGAAUUGCGGGCAAAGGCUGGAGGCAACAUGAUCAAUACUAACUGCUCUGCUGCAUAUACACGCCAAGCACUUUGCUGUAAGAUGUCUGUGGAGUAUGACAAAUUCAUUGAAUCUAAAAAAAAAUGGUUUUGCCACUUUGAUGAUGAUAAUUAUGUAAAUAUUCGAAGUCUGGUCCACCUGUUGUCCACAUAUUCGCACACCCAAGAUGUUUAUAUUGGCAGACCAAGCCUUGAUCACCCUGUUGAAGCUUUGGAGAGGGUAAGGAGUGGUGGGUCGACCUCUGUGAAGUUUUGGUUUGCUACAGGCGGUGCUGGCUUCUGCAUCAGCCGUGGGCUGGCAUUGAAAAUGAGUCCCUGGGCCAGUUUUGGGAACUUUAUCAGCACGGCGGAGAAGAUCCGUCUGCCAGACGACUGUACGAUCGGCUACAUCAUCGAGGGCCUGCUGGAGGUGAAGAUGAUCCACAGUGACCUGUUCCACUCCCACCUGGAAAACCUGCAGCAGCUCCCUGCUCCCACCAUCCUCAAACAGGUUACCUUGAGUUACGGGAAUUCAGACAUGAAGCGGAACGUGCUGAGAGUCCAGGGCCCCUUCAGCCAGGUCGAGGACCCUUCAAGGUUCAAAUCUAUACAUUGUCUCCUGUAUCACGAUGUCUGGUGUCCCCCAGAAGAUGGAGAGUGAUCGGCAGAACGAGUUGUGCCUCUUUUUUUUCCACCAGCUGAUUUACUUUUGGAGAAACUUCCGGGGAGGGGGAAUCGAAGGGCCUCCUUUUAAUGGGAAGGAAAAGUGUGACGCUGCGGGAGGUGUGAUGCAGGAAUUGGACCAGAGAUUAUUCCUGGAUGAGCUGCACAUGUUCUGUAAAAUAACUAAAAACAACAAAACAAAUCUUGAUCCGCCAGAGACAAAAUGUCAUUUCUGUCCAUUGGAUUUGUGGACUAAAACGAACCGUGAGAAAGCUGAGUGCCAAAGUGCGAGAUAUAGCAUCAAAACCGAACCUACUCUUCUGUGUGUGAUGAUGACUUGAAAUUUGAUCUCAAUGCAAUGACUUUGAGUCACUGAAGAUCACCACUCCUCACAUUUCUGUUUGCUGGGUACACAAAUAUCUGCUGCAAAAUGUUGAAGACUUUUGCCAACCUGGUCACAUUGGAAAUGUAGACUCUGUUCGCUCUGUGUGUUUGCUGUGUGCAAUAUGUUCAAGGAUUUCAUGUUGGCUGUGUUGGUCAUGCAGUUCUCUGCUGUGUCGGUUAUGCAUUACUCUGCAGUUUGCAGUCAAACUCUGCAUUUGCAGGGAUGCAUUGUUGUAGCAGUUACAUCUCCAUGAGAUGGUGGUUUCCUAGUGGUGCAUAUCACUGUGGCUUCACGGUGCCAAACAAUGUCAUAAUUUGAGGGAUAUUUGCCACUGAUUCGCUGAAAUGAGCAGACUGACAAGGUAGCAUUCAGUUCAAAUGUGGACCUAAAUUUGUACUGAGCCAAACACAAUUUUAGUUACUGAAUGGUCAGGUAAAGCGAUUUGAUUACUCCGGAAAAAAAAUAGUCUUGCUUCUUAAUUAAAUGUGUUGACACUACCAGCACAGUAUUACGGUACCACUGCAAUUCUAAAUAACUUGUUUAGUUCUCUGUUUCGCCUAUCGAGCCAAAGACAAAACCUUGUUUUUAAUUAUUUGUUUAAAACAAAGUAUGACUAAUCCACACUGAACAAUCAUUUCCCUCUGGAAUUACUUCAGCUCAGUGAGGGUGGAAUCGUUUAAACUGAAUUUAUUUUUUGGAUAUACUAUGAUUUCUGAAAUUGCAAGUAAAAUAAUUACCGGUACUUACUUUCCACCUUGAAAUGAUGAAGAGAAAGGACUGUGUAUGCGGAAUGAUGCACAGAGCUAUCUAAAUAUUCCCGAGGUUCUCUAGUUUUUAAAUUCUCAUCUCAGUUAAUCAGAAAAAUGUAAAGUGAUGGAGUAACUCAGCAGGUCAGGCAGCAUCUCUGGAGAACAUGGAUUGGUGAUAUUUUGGAUUUGGGCCCUUGCUCCUUUGCUCCCAUAGAUGUUGCCUGAUCCACUAAGUUGCUCCAGCAUUUUUUUUUGCUCCAGAUGUAUGCAGUCUUUUGUGUCUUCAAUCACAGUUGUUUUGUCAUCUGACCACCCUUGUUCCUUCACGAUGUGGGUAGAUUAAUCCCACCACUCCUGGUAUCAGUCCACUAUCAUCGAACCAGAACUUCCAACUCUGGGUCGAAGAUCAUCUUGAUGGAGCAAAAUUGACCUUCCAGUUUCCAACCACAAGUAGGUCCACUUAUGUGUGACUCUGACAGUGACUCUCCUUGAAUGCUACACCCCUGCAGCGAGACUGUAACUUCGGUAAGUACCAGCUGUAACCCACAAAUAUACGGACUUCACGCCUUGGGGGUUGCAAUGUCUACUCUGUUUCGGUAAAAUACUGGGCUGAAGUUCACAGCUCGGGCGAGAAAGCUGCCGCUGUGGUAAACAGCUUCAUUUUGAAUAAAGGGAACAUUUCAUAUUCUGGCAUUUGCCUGCAUUACGUAAUCCUAUACAUGUGAUUAUAGUGCAGCUGGAAGCACUAGAAAUUGUUGCAUUGAAUACACAAAUGAGAAGCUGAUGCCACACGUAGCUGGAGGCUGGUGCAAUCCCUUCAGUGUCUGUGCAUCUGAAUCUCACGUUUACUUGUGCUCUUAACAGGUCACUGUGUCUUGAAACAAUUUAAUCUUUUGUACGUUAAUUACAGUGUUAUUUUAUUGAUAUCACUGAUUCAAAAAAAACAUGGUUACAUUAGUUUAUUCUCAUGUACACUCGGGGGCAAUCAAAUUCCGCAUUCACAUGAACCACACAAAGCAAACCGUAGUGAUAAAUAUCACAAUAAAUACUAUGACAAGUGCAAAACAGCAGAAUGAUGCAAGAUUGUAGUGCAAAAUCUGUGGUUUAAAAGAAUAUUAAAGUGGAAUAAAUGGAUAACUGAAUGAGGUGGAGUUGAGAGUAAGAGUAUGUGGCAGAACCUCGGGGAAGAGGGUGUGAAAGAGGUGAUUGCUUCAGGAGUCUGAUAGCAGUGGGGAAGAGACUGUUCUUGCGCCUGGAUGGCCAAGUUUCCUAGCUCCUGUAUCUUCUCCCAGGCGGUAGACCUGAGAAGAGAGAAUGGCUGGGAUGGCAGCAUCAUUGACGAUACUUCUGGCCUUCCUGAUGAGCCGCACCAUGAAGAUGGACAGGAUGGAAGGAAGCGACGAGCCUGUGAUGGGCUGGGCUGUGUUUACCACUCUCUGCAGGUUCAGGCGGUCAAGAGAUGGGCAGUUGCCAAACCAGCGCUGAGAUGCAUCUUGUCAGAACACUUUCUAAAGUAUAUUUUGCUUUAGAUACACUAAAGCAUCCAAAGUACUCUUUAUUCUCGUUAGAAUACUUU